AUGCACCGCAAACAACCCAUAACCACGCUCGUCUACAACGAGCUCUUCCCCAACCCGCGGCCCGAAGACCCCGCCAGCUUCAGCGCCCACCUCUCCAAGAGCCUCGUCGGCGAGGUCCGCAUCGAAACCGCCACCUUCUACGGCUCCCUCGACACCAUCGAAGCCCGCUACCCGGGCCUCAACUACUUCCACCCGCCGCACCGCAAGCGCCUCGGCCGCUUCCCGCACCACGCCCGCCUCUUCCGCGCCUUCGACGACCUCGGCCUCACCGAGCACGAGAUCCAGGGCUUCUGCCGCUGGGAGGGGACCCUGUGGGCCCGCGAGCGGUACGAGCGCGACGAGGGGGUGAAGGUGCACGACACGACGGGCAUGGAGAUCGGGGAAUGGGUGGACCGGAGGAAACGCGUGAAACAAGGGGGAAGCAAAGGGAUUAACGUGAAGACGCGGAUUGAGGUUGAGAUCGAGGAGCCAGCGGACGCAGACAUGGCCGACCGCGAAGACGAGGAAAGCGACGAGGACGAGGUGGCCGAUUCCGUGGGCUUCGCGCUCAACGAGCGGCUACGACAUGCGGCUGCGUUGCGCGAGCAAGGUGUGAGCGUCGUCAUGGAUCCGGAGUGGGAGCAGUUUCUGAAGGAGCAGGAAAGGGGCGAAGGUGGAGACAUGGAAAUACAGCCGUCGGCGACGUCUACCGCGCCCACGGUUGCGUUUUCGAGCAGACCCACGGUACCAUCUCUGGGCGCCGCGACAUCGUCUUGA